AUGUAAUAUGAUCGUUCACUUUUGACAGUUGAUAUUUAAGGUGCUUAACCAAAAUGUAGAAAUGGUUACAUGAAUAGAUUGUUACCACAUUAAUUGAGAUAUGAAGAGCAAAUAAGAGUUUAGUAAUGAAUAUAAAGUGAUGAAAGACAAAAAAUUCCAAAAUAAGAUUAUAAAUUUGGGAGAAGAAGAUAUUAACAUGAUUUCCAUCAUUUUUGCAAUAUAUGUAUUCCUUAAGGAGAAGAAUACUUUGAGAAAACAAAUAAGAAACACUUUGUAAUUCCUGAAGGUGAGAUUAAAUAAUAUCGUGCUUUGGAGAAUUAUUAUGAUCAACCUAAGUAUAUAAAUUAUUAUUGAUGAGGAUAAAUUGAGGCAGAUAGGUUGCUAUGUACAAAUGACAUAGAUGGAGCAGUACCAGGUUCUUUAUAAAGUAAAGCUGUUCGUAAUCAAG